GAGAGCUCACUCCACAGCAGAGCUGAGCCUGAAGCAUGAAUUCGGGAGCAGCUGAAGAUUCCAGCGGGACCUGGGGUGAGAUUCCACCAGGGCUCCAGAUCAUCCAACAACCAGUGCCCCAACAACCCAUGAUAAUAUUUCAGCAGAUCCCUGGGAUCAUGUCUCCUCUUGCUCAGCCUAUAAGGUCUGGACACGUCCGGGAAGAUUUAAUAAAAUUAAUGAUGAUUCAAAAUGCCCAGAUGCACCAAGUCAUAAUGAACAACCUGACCAUGUCAGCGCUGACAUCUUUUGGACUCAGCCCAGCUCCACCCACUGCCCAGAUGAGCCUGCUCCCUUUGCAGAUCAAGGAGGAUGAAGCAGACCUGGUAUUCCACCACCACUAUCCUCCCUACCCUAGCAUCAGUCCCAUUCCACCAUGGCAGCUCCCAGCCCAGCCCCCGGCCCGGCCACAGAAACAUCCUUCUGUACGGCACCUCAGCCUGGACCAACACCCUGCCUCAGUGGGAAGAAAUCGCAAUGAGUUAGUGGUCCCUCCGCCUCCGCCACCCAGUGCCACUGGGACAGUGGGAGCUGAUAUCCCGCCUGCCUCAGAGUAUUAUGACUUCGCUGAGGGGAAGUUGUGAGCCUCUGAGACAUCCACCCAUCGCCGGCACUUCCAGUUUUGCCUAUCCCUUUGGACUUCUACCAGAUGCAACUGCAUCUGAGGCCUGGUGGAGCUCCUGAGAUUGGCCCUGGUGGACUGCUAUUACCCUCACUAACUGAAUUAAGUCUUGUGACACAUGGUCUCCUGUCAUUAACCUUGUCCUGACGGAGGGGACCAGACAGUCUGUCUGGAAUUUCUAUCAGCUGAACAAUUUACAAAAAAGGAUGACACUUCAUCAUCCAGUUGCUUCCAAGGUGUGGCCAUUUCUUUACACAACAACAGCUAUGAUCCCAGGCCUGAUACCAUUAGCUGCAAGUACAUGGGAAAAUGUCCUUCCCCUUAUGGAAUAGACUUGCUUGUUUGCCCUGGUGAUGGGUCAAUCAGAUCUCUAGUUCCUGGCUGUGGUGGUGGAGGACAGCAGGGUGUUUUCCAGCCCCAAGGGACAAUGCAGGUGUCCUGGACUGGAUCUCACAGUAAAAUCAGAGAUAUGAUAUCCAGGUGUCAGCUAUUUUUGGGUGCUGUUUGACUGUAUGUCCAUGGCCUUGCUGGCAUGGCUCUGGGGUAGGAAGGAAUGAGCUGGGUGGGCUAGACCUGGGUAUCCCCAUGUCCUCUGAAGGCCUCUCCAUGUAUUGCAUGCAGGUGAGCUGGACAAUAAAUGCCAGCCACAGAGGAAAGGACUAGGGUAAUAUCUGGCCAUGAGAAGGUCAACAGAAGGCAACACAAGGCCCAGAGUGUGGUAUCCUGAGGCUUGUAAUGUGGAAACAAUUCUUUAAUAUAUCCAGAAACAUAUCUACAGCUAUUUACAGUAGAGAGGUAAGAUUAUUACUGCUGUCCUUGCAAAUGUCUUGUGGCUGGCCUGCUUCUGUUCUGCCAUUCAGAAGCUCCCGGUGACCUCACCCAGGGUCUCAUGGGAUACCACACUCCUGGACAUUCUGUAUAUCCAGGAGGACUUACCUUAUGUCAUAUCUUCCCCUCUUACGAGAGCCUAACUAGACUAAUAAUAUUACAACAAUAACUAUCACAAACGCAAACAAAUAUCCCUCAACCAGCCUUUUGGCUAUUUCAGCACUCUUCCAUCUCUGCUGUGUUGCAGCCCCUCUGUCUCUGUUCUUGUCUACAAUUGAACAUUCAGUCUCCUGGUCACAUUCUGGGUUAACUUGUAAAUUUGUUUCAGCUGGUGUCUUGUUGCUGUUUCACUUGUAUCAUUCUCAUUGUUAGGUAUUUUGAGAGGGUAUCUUUGAUUCCUUUAAGAUUUGCCCUUCAUCCAUGAUGACCAAGUAUGAGUGAUUGACUCUUCUUUGAUUACUGUAGCUUUAACUGGCUAGUGUCCAUCUUGCCAGAUUCAUACCGGAGCUUUGUUUUUCUUUAACUCUGGAAGUGGCUUUGCUUUUAUACUGUAAUUAUGCUUCUCUUUGUACUUUUCCAGUCUUUUCUGUACUAUCAACAGAUUCCUCUGUCACCAUUAACAUCUGACUCAAGUUAUAGAGAAGUUCCACAGGUGACUUUCCAGAUUACAGUUACAUAGAUCUGAAGUUCAGUAGUGCCAGGUAGGAAUCUUUUCCUUCCUCAUUUGCUUUUUUAAGCAUGUUCUUCACAAGACAUACUCCAUAUUCUGCCAAUCCAGUCAUUGCCUGGAAGGUAUCUGAGACUGGAUGUCGCAUAAAGAAAAUCAUAAAGUUGAGCAAAUUUUUGAAAUUUCCUAUUCUUGAGCUAUGGUCAAUUUCCAGUAAUUAUAGUUCUAGGAAGUCCAUGGUGUGCAAAUAUAAAUGUAACAUGUUUGACAACUGUUGUCACUGUGGUAUCUUCAAGCGGACAUCACUACUUCCGGGAAAUUAACAUAGUAGUCUAUUAUAAUCAGAUGGUCAUGUCUUCCCAAACUGAAGGAUUCAAUUCCCACUUUGUCCCAUGGAAUCAUAAGUUGCUCAGACUGUAUCAUUGCUUAUUCAUGCUUGGCAUCCCUGUACUUUUGACACAUUCCACACCCCCAGACCAGGCCUUCAGUAUCACUCUUCAUCCAAGAUCAAAGACAACAUCUCUGCCUUUCCUUUUUUAAUUGGUCAUUCCCAGAUGUUCUUCAUGCAUAUGUUCCAAAAUUUUCUCUCUCAUCACUCCAGGAAUCAUAACCUGUAUACCCUUCAUGAGUACUCUUGAGAUCACUGAGAGUUCAUUUUUAUAUUGAGACUAUGCAAAUGGGACAGGGCAAUUUUUUCCUCCUUAACUUAUUGGUUGCAUCACUUUUUGCAAUGUUGCAUCUUUAUCCAUUUCCAUCACCAGUUCAUCCCAAAUGCCUGAAGAUACAUUGCAUGAUGCUUUAAUUAUGUUCACAGGUAUGGUUACAGUUUAUUCCAGAUCAUCAGCUUAUAGACUGUUUGACAGAGGGAAUGCUCUUGAAAGUGUGUCUGCCAUCACUGAGUUGUGUCCAGGUUGGGACUUGUAUCUAUCAUGCCUCUGCAAUUUCAGAAGUAGUCACUUGAUCCUUGGUGGUAUAUCUCCAAGUCCUUUUUUUGAAUUUUUCAGUCAGUGGUUUGAUAAAUUUUUCAAUCAGCGAUCUGUUUCUACAAUGAUCAUAUAGUAAAUCAUGGAAUUUUAUACAUUCAUAAGCCAAGCUAAAGAUCUCUUUCAAUUUCUGCCUAUAAUUUUUUUUGGCUGUGGAUACCUAGAUACAUAUGAGAUUGGCAACCAAUCAGUUCCAUGAUGCUGUAAUAGUACUACUCCCAAUCUAUCUUUUGAGGCAUCUGCGGAGAGUUUGGGGUCUUUUAAUGGGCCAAAAAAUUGUAGCACUGCUGCUGAUGUCAAUAUGUGUUUUAAAUCAUCACAUUUACUUUCAUACUCUGACAUCUAGACCCAUUGCAUGCCCUUGCUGAGAAGAUGCCUCAGAUAAGCUGUGCGAGCUGCGUACUUAGCCAUAAACUUGCUGCCAUAAUUCAACAUUGAUAGCAAUCUUUGAACUCCCUUUUUGUUGUCAAGUUUAGGCAUGUUCAGUAUGGCCUAGAUUUAUAAGUUGUUGGGUAAGAUUCCUUCUGAGGUCAGUUACUUGCCCAAAUAUGGUAUUUCUAUGGUCUUAUACUGACAUUUGUCCUUAGUCAGUUUAAGGUUGUUA